AUGGGCUUUACGAGGAUUCCGUGGAGCAAGGAGGAGGAUGACAUGCUGCGGGAGUGCGUGGAGGCUUUCGGCGCCCAGGAUUGGAGUCGGAUUGCGACGGAGUUCAACAACCGCAUGAAACAGAACCCGCGCGGCGAGUCGACGAAGCGGGAAGGCAAGCAGUGCAGGCUCCGAUGGACGAACCAGCUGGAUCCGCGCCUCAACCACGGCCCGUUCACGGAGGAGGAGGAAAACAUUAUCGUGGAUAAGCACCGCGAAUUCGGCAACCGGUGGUCGAUGAUCGCGUCUGCGCUCAAGGGCCGGACCGACAACAUGGUGAAGAACCACUGGCACCUCAGGCUGAAGCGCAAGGCCGAGGAGCAGCGCGCGGGCGGGUCGACUUCGGACGGCGAGGGUGCGGCCUCCCUCGGGCGUGCGCGGCAGGGAUCCGCCGCGCCGCCGAACCGCGCGUCGAUCGACGUCCCCGCCGGAGACUUCCAGACCAACGACGCCUUCGACGUCGCGGAGCGCCACGGCCACGAGGCGGGAAUCGGUCCGGCGUCGGGGCAGACGAACUCCGGCUCCGGGACGUCGUCCGGCGCCGCGGGCGGCAGCGGAGCGCCCGCGCGGCCCCACGUGCCGCGGCGGGGCGUCGGGGCGCGCAUGGCGCGGCAUCCGUCGUCGCGGAACAACUCCGACAUCGACUCCAUCUCACGCCGCGUGUCGCAGGCCGCCGCGCAGCGCGCGCGCCCCGGCCCCAGCACGCUGACGCCGGCGCCGGAGCUGGGCGUGCACUCCCCCGCCGGCGCGCCGCCGUCCGGGGCGCUGCCGGCGCAGGGCCCGAUGUCCGGCCCCGCGGGGUCGCAGGGCCUCGGAAUCUGGCAGGACGGCCCGGGCACGCCCGCGGGGCUCGGCCCGCCCGCGCCCCUCGAGCGGCGUGCAUCGGGCACGCUGGGCGGCGCGCGCGGGGGGCGGCGGCGCACGUCGGACGCGCACAACCACUUCACGUCGGGCGCGGAGCUCCAGGGCGUGGUCAAGCGCCGCGGCUCGCUGCAGGACGGCACCGCCGGCGCGCGCAGCGGCGACCGCGCCAAGGCUCUGCUGUUGGACGACGCGUUGAGGCUCGAGGCGCAGCUGAGCGACCGGAACCGGCAGGCGGGCGCGGCGCGGCAGCGCGUGCCGCAGCGGCGCGGGUCGACGACGGAGAUCCCCGUGCACACGGGCGGCGGCGACGUGCGCGCGCGGUUGCCCGCCGGCGGCGGGAUGCAGGCGGCCGCGGACAUGUGGGGCGGCGCGUCGCGCCGCCUGUCGGCGCCGAUGGCGGCGGGGAUGACGAUCGGGAAUCUUGGGGAGCCCGGCGCGGACAUGUUUGGCGGGCUGACGCCGCAAGGGGACCGCAACCAGCACAUGCGUACGCUGGCGACCUUCAACAUCGACCUGGAUCCGUCGCUGCAGCCGUCGCCGGAGACGUUCGCGUUCCUGAACGGGAAGAACCUGGACCAGUCGACGCCGGCGGGCGCGGCGAACGGCGGCGCGGGCCUGCGCAAGUGGCACCAACAGCAGCUACAACAACCACAGCCGCACGCGAUGCACCCGGGGCACCGCGGCAGCGCCGACCACACGUGGUCCGGGAACGGCGCCGUGCAGAACGGCUGGGCCCCGCAGCACGGCAACGGCGCGAGCAAUUGGCACCAGCAGCGCGCCCAGGACGCCUGCUCGGGCUUCCCGCAGCAGCCGCAGCGGCCGGCGCACGUGCCCACGCCGCAGCAGCAGCCCGUGCGCGGCGACACGGCCAUGGACGACUCGCUCCGGGAAGGCAUUCCCUCGACGUGGCGCCAGGGCGAAGGGCUACAGGAGUGGCUCGGCCCCAGCGACUCUAUCCUGCAGGAGGUGCUGGGUGGCGGUCCUGGGUCGCUGGAGCCGCUGCUCGAGGGCACGGGGUUCUCUGGGCACGGCCUGUGGGACGAGUCGAUGCACGGGGGGCAGGAGGACGCCCAGGCGCUGCAGGCGCAGGGUGCGGGAGGCAUGCAGGACCAGCAGAGCGGCGGCGACGACUCGGGCGGGUACGGGGCGGCGCACAGCGCGAACAGCGAGGGGUCGAAGCCGACGGUGUCGACGCAGGGCGUGCGGAACGGCAACGGCACGCCGAUGUCGCCCGCGUGGGUGCAUGCGGGCAUCAACGGCGGCGACGGCGGCGGCGCGCCGCAGGCCGCCGUCCCGUCGUACCUGCUGCAAGGGCUGCAGUCGAUCAACAUCCAAGCGCCGGAGAGCAGCGGCCAGGGCAACGCGACGCACGCGAUGGCGCUGCCCGCCGGGCAGCCGCAGCACGCGGGGGGGUACCAACAAGGACCCCCCCCCCAGUCGGGCGUCCCGACACGCGCCGCGGGGGCCUACGGUGGUGGCCCGUACGGCGUGUACGACGGAGGCUACGGCGGCCAGCAGGCGUACCAGCAGCAGGCGCCUCGAUACGGCGGCGGUGGGCCGGCGGCGCGCGGCGGCGACGACGACUUCAUGGCCAUGAUCCAGCAGGUCAUUGGUCCCGACGGAUGA